AUGGCAGCUUGUAUCAUAAGAGAAGAUAUAAGGUCAACAGUUUACGAGCUGAAUUCUUAUCCUUCACCAAACAAAGUUAUGGAUAAUGCUGCAAACGAUCUACCAAAAAGUUUAACUUUAUUUUUAUCUAAUGUUUGUGGUACAAAAAAAAAAUCCGAUCAAAAAAAAUGUGAAAAUAAAUACUUACCUUUAGCACACAGCAUCAUACGUUUUUGCCGACCUCGCUCAUUUAUUUCGCCUAUUUUGUUGGGUCUAGGUCUAUAUUUACAUAGAAAUUUUGGUACAAAACGUGCAAUAGAUAUUUUUUCUAAUUUUGGGUUUUGUUCUUCUUAUACUGACGUUUAUGUAUUUGAGACUUCUUCGUUGCUAUAUCCACAGCCUGACGUUGAUCCAAAUAGUUUUUCACAAUUUGUAUUCGAUAAUGCCGAUUUCAAUAUUUCAACAUUUGAUGGUUACAAUACAUUUCACACAAUGGGCGGGAUUCAAUGUGUUGUACCAACAAAUGCAGUACUUUGGAAUAAACGUAUUGAAAAAGUGAAAAAGGCAGUUACAGCAGAGACAAUUAGUAACAUUGAGUCCGUUCCAAUCAUUACAUAUGAAAAUUCGACCAACGCUGACGACAAAAUCGACAAAAUUUUUAAAAAACCAGGCAAAGGAAGUACGGAAACUAGAUCAUACUCUAUAAAAAAUUUACAGCUACAAUUUAAAGUUGAACUUCCUUAUUUUUUGUUUGUACAUGCAAUUGGUGGGUGUGAUACAACGUCAGCUAUCUUUCAACAAGGGAAAAUUAAACAUUUAAAAACAGUUCAAGCACAUCCAGAACUACACGAUUCAUUAUUAGUUUUUAACAAUGAAUCAGCUACACAUGAGGAAAUUUUGCGUGCGGGAGAAAAGUACUUGUUAAAAUUAUUUAAAGCACCAGCAAACACUAGUACAUUAAAUUGUCACAGGUAUGAUGUAUUCCGAAAAACAGUGGCUUCCAGCAAAAAAGAAGUCAAACUUUCUCGACUCCCUCCAACAGUCGAUUCAGCAAGGCAGCAUUUGUUUAGGGUUUACUUACAAGUACAACUUUGGCGUGGGAAAAUACUUAAUCCGUUAGACUGGGGCUGGGAAAAAGUAGAUAAAAAAAUAAUACCGAUCUUUACAAAGAAACCACCAGCAACAGACUCCCUUCUAUCGGUUAUAAGUUGUGCUUGCACUAAAUCAUGCGAGAAAAAUUGUGGCUGUAAAAAAGCGGGAAUGCGAUGUUCCAUAAUAUGUAAAAAUUGUCAAGGCACAUCGUGUUUAAACCAGCAACUAAUUUGUGAUGAUGAUGACGACGACGACGUGGAGUUGUAUAAAGAUGGACAAUGGACCACUAGCAUAGACGAAGACAACGAAUAA